AUGGGCCCUGCUAAGAAUGUAUUUUUCACUUUAGUAUUCACCAUUUAUAUUGCCUCUAUAAUAGCUAGUGCAGCUAUUAUGUUGUUGAUUUACCUGGAUAAUGCUCUACAUAAGCCAAUGUAUAUAUUUCUAUUUAGCUUAAUUGUAAAUGGAGUAAUAGGAAGUUCUGCUGUUUGGCCCAGAGUUAUGAACAUUCUUAUAACCGAUGACAACACAGCUUUCUGUCUGGGCUUCCUCCCUGUGUUUCUUAUUAUACUGUCUUAUUUAAAAAUCAUAUCGAUAAUCCUGACAAUGUCAGCAGACGCAAGAAGGAAAACUUUUGCUACAUGUUCUCCACAUUUAAUCAUUUUCAUAAUCACCGGAGAAACACUCUGA